ACGGAAUUGGCGACGACGCAGACGACGAGGACGCCGAGGACGACGAGGACGAGAACGGUUCGUCAUUUAGCGAUAUUUGUCUCAGUUGCAUCCGAACGCUUCAGCAGUAAACGUUAUCGAAAGUGGCAACGCACAAAUCUGGUGUACAAAGGUCGGCUUCAUCUUGUAGCUUCGACCACCGCCACCAGCAUGGUGACCAACAAUGCCACAAACAAUAACAAUUUGCAAAAUAACAACAACAGCAACACAGCGAAUAACAACAACGACGACUUUGACAUUGACCAGGAUGAUGGCUUACAGGACUUGGGCUUGCCCGUGUCCGUGCAGACGUUCCUGUGGCGCCAAAUCGCCCCGUUCAUAAGACCCAAGCUGGGCAAACUGCAUGAGGCGAGCUGCAUGUUUUGUCAACAUGCACCGGGACACCAUGAGUCGAAAGAGGCUUGCAAGUCCUUCGAGAAGGUGCUCGUGCAAAACAUACAAUUCGGCCUGUCGCCGCCGCUAACUAAAGCGCUGGGCGCAAUACCGCGCUGGCGUCUGCUUCAGGGCGCGUUGCCUCAUGUCAUGCACGCGUGCGCCGCUCUGCUGCACAAUCGAGUCAAGGAUAUGCAGGCUAUAGGUCCGGUGGAAACCAAAUUGCUCUAUACCAUGCAAUGGAUCCUCCUUUAUGCAGCCGAAGAAUGUGCCGAUGACGAAGGUGGUGUGGACUUGGGUCUGGCCGAGGCAGCUGAACAGAAAGCCAAGUCCAUGGAUCAGUACUUGUUCUCGAUCCCCACCAUUACAUUGUUUGUUUAUCUCUUUGCUCCCAUUAUACACCAUUUGAAAGAGUCCGAUUUUCAAAAUUUCCGCUUGGAAAAUGGUAUUAAGCUUUGGCAGGGCAUGUGGGACAAUCGUGCCCCUGGCGCUCCCUGCUUCACUGCCCCCGUCAAGCCCAAAGCACGCAAUUUGCUCUGCGCACCCACACCCAAGGGCUCUACAGAUGUUUUUCCCGCACGCAAGCAAUCUCUGAAUGCCGAUAUAAUGUCCCCCAAAGCGGACUCACCACAAAGUAUUGUCUCCGACUAUACCAAACAGGAUGAGGAGGGCUCUUGGGUAUCUUCGCCGAAGGAAUUCGCCUUUCCCGAAACCAUACCAGAGGAGGUGUCCAGCGUGGAAGACGAGCGUGUUGUCAUCUUUCGGCUUCCCUCGGUACCACACCUUAUGGAUAAUUCCUUUUUUACGGCUGAUGCCAGUUUAUUGCAGCAACAACAGUCGCAGAGUCGUCGUGGCAGUCGCCAGUCCGUGCACUCAGGCACCAAGGAGAAGGUGCCCUCCACCAAAUUCGAGUUCGAUCAACAGGAAUUGAUGCGAGGUGCUUCGAUGAAAGAAAGGCGUAGCGCAUCAAUGGAGAAAGAGUCGGAAUCGGAGAAGUCAGAAAGUGUAAAGGCAGAUGUUUCAGCGGCCACGUUUCUGGAUGUGGCCGUCCUACGAUGUCUGUUCAUUUCACACUGGCAGGAAGAGGGCAUUUUCUGGAGUCUGCAGUACAUAUAUAAUCGUCUCAGCGAAAUUGGCGAAGAUGCGGCUAUUACUCUAAAUCAGCCGCGCAAGCGUUCGAACUCUCUGCCUAUACCACAAAUAGAGAUUUCACUUUACCAGGGUCCGGGCAGCAAUAGUCGCGAUAGCCCCGGAAGCUCUGUCGUAAAGGACUAUAUUGAAAUACCAGAACCUACAGUGACGACUUGCGCAGUUGAGGAAACUAUCAGUCCUAGUUCAGAGCGUCGCGGCAGCGAAAAAAAGAAGCGCGUCAAAAUGGCUGACCUACGCGCUUUUGUCGAGACGAAAAUGUUUUCAAAGUCGGAGAAGAAUUUGGAAAAAGUAGGGCUUGAAACAAACUCUGCCAAUGGCAAGCCAGCACUGCAACAUGCAGAAUAUCAUCGCAGCCUCGACACAGGAGAGAAAAAGCUUUCCCGUUCCGCCUCUAUGAUAACUCGUGAGCCAGCCAGCAAUCUCAUUAAGGGCAAGUCCAUGCCGAGUCUAAGCUGUCUGCUCGAUAGCGGAUACGUGGAGCCGCCAAAGGCAGUGCGUCCAACACCGAUAGUAUGUCCACGCUCCACAGCAUUUUAUCCGCGCAACCCCAUCAUAACAGUGACGGAGCACACACCCACGCCCUCGCCGGAUUACAUGAAGAGACAGGGCUCCAUUGACUCGCAGCUAGACGCACUGAGCAAUGGCGGCAGCAUAGCUGGUCUUGGAGGCGGCGGUGGUAAUGGCAGUGCCGGAGGAAGCACCACCACACGCUAUCGGGGACAAAUGCUCCGCUCUCACACGGACUCCCACAUCGAUUACACAGGCGUGGAUGAGUCUGAGGCGCCAGGCUCGUCUUUUUACAUAACACGUGAUGGCGGAAUCGAUUAUGAAAUUGUUCUGCUGGCUAUAAGCAACGUAUUUAAGCGAGAUCCCUCUCAAGUGUGCUCGCUGCGUGUCCUGGAGGCUGGGCUAAACAUUUGCGAGCUGCUUAUCGAAAUGGGAGUUUUGAAACUAGGCGAGCAUGCGCAUGAGAUUUCCAUGGGCAUAACGCGUAGAGCGCUGCAAGUUCUGGGCUGUCCACAUGGAUGUAAUGAUGGUGUGCGUGGUCCGCCCGCCGACUUUUUGCGCAAUCAAUGCCAGAAGAUUCUAUCGCGGAUGCUACGCCAGGCCAACCAGCGUACCAAGCGUUAUCUACAGGAGAUGGUGAAGACUUCCCCGCUCCUAGAACUCGUCGACUACUUUCAUGCAUUUCUUGCAUUCUGUGUCGAUCCCAGUUCAUUGCUUUCGCCCCUAAGUCAGGGCGGCUAUUCGACAAAUUUUAGUGGCGGCAUGAGCGGCGGUGCCGAGGCUCAAGUUGUUGGUGCCGUGUUCAAGCAGCUGGUCAGUCGUUUUGUGGAUGCCUCCAAAGAUCUGAAGUCGCCAGAGAAUAUAGCACUGUAUGGCGAUAUACGCCAGUUGGUCACAUAUGUGAAAGGAGCCCAUGGCGGACCAUUUCGUCUGGUGGCAUUGAGUGGCAUAUUGGCAGUUACGCCCCGCCCGCACAAGAAAGGACCGGCAGCCCAGACCACAAGGGUUAUAAGACACAUUCCCCAGGCCAAUGUAGUGCAGAAUAUUCAGAACGAAGACAAUCGCUCGCAGCGGCGCCUUUUACUCAAGAAACGCAGCACCUCUUCUGCCUGCGCCAGUCUACUGGAGACCGAACCAUGCGAUGAUCACUAUAAGACCAGCCAAUCACCGCUCAGUAAUUUUCGUCGUCGAACCACUGGUGUGCGACCAACGUUGACACCACGUCAUAGCGAGCGCGCCCUUCUCUCCGAUUCUACGUCCAGCUCGGAGCGCAAUUCGUUGGGACGGCUCAGCGGCUUGGUGCGCUGGUUUCGCGGGGCGCCCAAAGAGGCGUCAUCCAUUGACCUAGAGAUAGGCUCACUGAACCCUGAGAUAUCAUCCACUUUUAUGCGGCAUGCUUCGCUAAAAGUGCAGCGGGGUCGUUCCAGCGAUGGCAUUGGACGCUCCAUUCAGCGCGCCAAGCGACGUGUAGAGCGACGACUGAACCGUUUCGGCGGCAUUGUGAAGGGCAAGAAGAAGGUGGGCGGUAUCGAAGAGACGGCUGAUUACAGCCGGCGCAGCUCAUCGGACAUGUGCGAUGGGCCGCGGGAAUCGGAGGUGGUUAUCCUAAAGGAACGUAAGCUCAUACCCAUCGAACCAGUGCGAGUGGGAAUGCUUCGUUUGUCUUUUCUUCUGGAAACCUGUGCACCAGGCUCUUUUCCCGAUCCUCAGCUUAUUGCGGCAGUGCUAGAUCUGCCACAAGCCCCGCUGGUCACCCGAGCUACAUAUCUGCUAGAAUGCGCUCACUUUGUGCACUUGUGCAACAAGGGCCAAUGGCCUGCAUGGAUGAAGCAGAAUGUGGGAGGGUAUCGUGCGUCAGGCGCCAACAUUAAUCCCAAUCAAAUUAAACAGCACGCUAGCCAAACCAGCGCCAGGCGAACCCAUAUUUUGCAACGAGCCGCCGGCAAAAUGUUUCAUCAGUGGGCAGAGAUGGUGGGCGCUCGUCUGGAGGAAAUACUCUUCACCGAACGUCUGCAAUAUGAAGCUAUCAAUGCCAGUCUCACUGAUCCCGAAAAACAGCGUGAACUUCUGCAGCAGGAUGAAGAAGAGGAUUUCCUGGAUGAGUCAUCUGUCAAUCCACAUGGCAACGACUGUCCACAUGCCCUGAAACUUAUUGCCUGUGUUUUGCUGUUUGAGAUCACAGCGUUUUUGAGAGACACCUAUAUAUUGCUGCCAAAAACUUCAAAACUUCUGCACAAGGAGAAGCCAGCACCCUGGGAGAAAGUCUAUCGCGAAGCAAAUCGGCGAUGGUCCAUGGCAUUGAGCUCAAUGGGACAUUCACAGACCUCUGCGCAGAGCUUGCAGUCGAUUGCGGCAGGCAAUGAUGGCGCUGGGGGGCAGACAGAGAGGAAGAUUUCAUUUGUACUCCAUGAGCCGGACAACGAAUCGGAGAACAGCAGCAACACUACUUUAACCAAGGAAGGCGAAGAGGCCCGUAGACCUACAGCAUCUGCAGUGCGCCCAUUUCUGUUGCGACGCGGCACAGCUACAACAACUGGAGGGUCAUUCAAACGACGCUCGCUCAAGCUGCGCCGCAACACAAAGGAUGGAAAGGAUAUUGAAACAGAUUUUACACGAGUUGAUUCCAUACAGUCCCGUCGCAAAGUUUCCUCCCUCUCAGACCGCAGUGAUACAUCGGAGCAGGGCAUGGUCAGUGGGGGUGAAGAGUCCCCUGGUAUACUCAGCGAUGACCAACAACCCGAGUCCCCAACAGACUCGAAUGAAACAGAUGAUACGGCCAAAAAUAUGCCCUGGUUAAAGGCCGUUAUCGACUUAAUCUCUAGCUACAACUACUAUUGUCCCCAUAAGGGCUAUUGCCAUCCAUUUUGCUACAAGCGUCACAUGAGAGCCUGCACGCGUCUUAUAAAGGCGACCCGUAAGGUCUAUGGAGAGGAAUUUGGAUUCACAUUUGAUGCCGAUCAUCCUACCGUUGAACCAACAGCUGUUAGUUCCGCCAAGUCGCACUCAUCUCGACCACGUUCUACGCGUAAAGUUUCAGAACAAAGCUCGACGCAAACAUCUCCGUCCAAGCGCAAGGAUAGCUUGUCGCGCAAAGACCGCAUAAGCGAUGACCCUGACAUCGAAAUGGCUGAGAAAUUAGCCAAAGCUUUUCGCCAGGAAAAGGAGAAGAAACUACUGGAGGAAACGCCUAUUUUGAAAUUUUUGCGUUUCCACAUACGCAGUCUAUUUCACUUUCCGUUGGCCACCAUGUUAAAGGGAGCUGUUGUGCUUACCGAGGAAAUGGUCAUCGAGGCAAUGCCAGCAGCAUGGGAAUUGUUAUUGGAAACGAAUCACGACACGGCUACAUCAAGCGCAGCAGUGUUCCUAAUGGGUUCGGUGAAAGCACAAAAUUUCGCAUUUGACAUUAUGCAACGCGCCCUGAAGCACAAGGACCCUGACAUACGUAUAGGGGCCAUCCAACGUUACUUGGUGCUGUGGAAAUGCCGGUUUCAUGUCUGGCCACGUAUGGAGGAGAAUGCGCAUGAUGUGACCUUUAAAGUGCCCCCGGGAGGAAUUGAAUUUACGUUGCCGUCACCCAAAAUCGGCAUUGAGAGUCUGCCCGUUGUCGACCCCCCGUGGAUGCCGGUGCAGCAAACGAAAGACAUGGAUGUUACUCUCAAUCAGGACAGACAUCGUUCCCUCGUAACUGCCACGAAGAGCCGGAAGAUGCAGCAAACCGAGGCAAUUCGCAAUGCAUUGCGUCAGCAGCGUGACAAGCAACGGGCCGAACGCCAUAGCUUCCUUAUUACCAUGAUACCGAUUAGUCAACAAGCAUCCCAUGAACCGGGUAUGGAGCAUGAGGAUCACGAAAUCGAAGAAGAUAUUGAUGGUACGCGCAUGUCUUCGCAUUUGCAUCACGCACACUCCCUCUUCCCAUCGGUUUUAUGCUCCUCCGUAAUGCAAAUUGUCGGAUGUCUGGACGAUGCAGCCAUUGGAUCGGAUGGAAAUGCCGUCUAUGAGGUUGCCUAUCAGGUAAUCUGGGUAUGUUUAGUGGAGGAGUCCGCAUUGUUUUUGCGCUAUGUAUUUGAGCGUUUGACGCGAGAUCGCCAGGAUCAAAUGUUCAAGUUACUCCGCCAUUUAAUACGUUUUGUACCACGACUGCCGCAACAGGCAGCCUUUGCUCUCUACAACUCCAUUAUCGGCUACAUUAUGUUUUACGUGCGCUCCUCGAACGAACUGAAGCAAGAGCUCGUCGGCUCUGCUCUGUCGGUCCUCUGGAUGGUUGUGCACUCUGUCCAUGGCAUUAUGUUCAAAGACUUGAAGCAAAUACUUCGAAAGGAACAGUGCGAUGCUUCCAUCCUGCUUACCGCCAAUGUGCCCGCUGCAAAAAAGAUUGUUGUUCAUGGUCCAGCGGACGAUGAUUAUAACAUACCUUCCCAAUUUCCUGUACAAGAGGACACCCUGUUCUGCCAGCUGCUGAAGGAAGCGCUGGAUUAUUAUCCCAUUGACGAGAAAAAUAUCUCCCACUACUGUCUGGUUGACUAUAAGAGCAGCAAAAUACUCAAUCCCAACUGGUAUAUACGCGAUUUGUAUUUCUUUAAGCGUUCACAAUAUCCCGAAGUGCGAUUAAUGCUCAUGCGUCCCGACGAAUCCUUUUUGGCUCUGCAAAAGCAAGAGCUGACCAAAAAGUUUGUAGAAAUCGGUAAAGUGCACUUGACAUGGGCAAUCUUGAAGAAUGUUGAUAUGGUCGUUCAGCGGGUAGUGUUUCUGCAUGAGGAGCUCAUGAAGCUUCCAUCCUUUCCACGGAAAGCACUUGAAGUGGAUCUAGAUUUGCACCACGGUGGAGAAUAUGGCAAGGUUCUACUUGGCCUGGACGUCCUACAUAAGUUCAUGUGGGUUCGCCUCAUUGCCCGUAUGUUCGAGGCUAUGGCCGGAAAUUUUGCCUACUCGGCAGAUAUCCAGCUUUUUUUGAAUGUGCUCUCUGGCGCAUCCAUACUUCACGCCGAAGAUUCGUGUAUUAUGCGUUAUGUGAUGGCUACGUUUAUCAAUGCCGCCUUCAACUUUAAGAAUAUUUUCUCCACAAAGGGGUAUUUUAUGAUUAUGCCCACCUUGCUUCAAGUCUAUUCACUGCAUCAGACGAAUAAAUUAAUCACCACGACUAUUGAGUAUGCGGUAAAGCAGUUUUAUUUGCUAAACCGUAAGCCUUUCAUACUGCAAAUGUUUGGAUCGGUGUCAGCCAUUUUGGAUACAGAUGAAGACGGCACCUAUGGUGAAGCCCACAAGGUGCAAUCUAGCUGUCUGUUCAAUCUACUGCUUAGUCUAGAGGAUCCCUCGCCAGAUCCAUUAAACAUUGCCGAGCUGGUGAAGGAACCCAAGCCCUUGAAAGCAAUUGACUUUUGCUACCACGAUGAAGACGAUGACGUCACUGUGCUGGAUUGCAUAACACUGUGCGUCAUGGUCGUAUCCUAUUCGGCGGAAAGCACACGCGGAUAUCAAAUGCUGAUCAUCCUGGAGGCUAUUCUGCCUUGCUACUUACAGCAGAUUCAAUCGCCUAGUUAUAUACCAUUACAGGGCAAAUCAGAACGAGAUAUUAUACUACAGUUAGCAGUGGCCAUACGUACAAUGGUUCACAACUGCGAGGGUUUAGCAAAAAGCUACAACGGACCUUAUCGAAACAGUCCCGAGCACAAGGGUUCCUCACAGCGCAACUGCAGCCGUGGCCCGCCUUGCUCCCCCGGGCUAGACUUUGAAGAAGAAUCGCACACGAAAUACGUCACCGACCCACGCACGAAGAAUAUGAUGGACUCUGGCGAAGAUUCUGAAAUGAUACGCACCGAGUAUAGGCGGCCGCGUGAUGUACUCCUCUCCGUGGUUGGUGAUUUUCUGACCAAGUCAACCACUCGCCUGGUCGAGUUGUCCAAGAAGCUGCCCAGCGAUACCAAACCCACCGAAGUAUUAGAUGCCAAGUGUCACAUUCGACUGGCGGACAUCGCCCACUCACUUCUAAAGGUGUCUCCGUAUGAUCCCGAAUCUAUGGCCUGUCGUGGACUACAACGCUAUAUGCAGUCUGUACUGCCACGUGCCGAUUGGUCUAAUGAUACACUGCGCAAUGCUUUGGUCACCAUACUUCGUCGCAUUGACAAGGUAUUCCUUAAAAUAUCAAAGAAGCCCUCCAUACGCCGCAACACAGAUUGGGAAGCGGCAGCUGGAUUACUUAAAGGCAUACAUGAGACCAUCAUUCGUCAUCCGUACGUACUGCACUGGCAGCAAAUGAAGACUUUAAUUAGCACAGUGCAAAAUCUGAUUGUCAACGAACCGGGGUCCGGAAUACCCGAAGGCGUUUCCAGCGCAGGGGCAGCACUCAUGUCUCAGAAUCCACCGGCCUUUUUCUGUUCAGCUGUGGUGCGUCUCGUGGCACUGCAAGUGGUCAGUCCCGUGGAUUGCUUUUCGUUGGUUCAAAUAUGCGGCGGUAGCGCCGAAUUUGCAACGCAGGAAAAGGCCGAGGGUUUUCUAAUGCAUCUGAUCAUGCCACUAUGCUUGAAAGUCUGCUCGGGUCGCGGCGUCUCCGAUGUGGGUGAACUGAAGAUGACGGAUGUGACAUUUCUGCUAACAGCUGUGCUAAAUGCUAUGAGUCCACCAGCAGGUCGGACGGGCCAAGCAGUGUCGCAAAUAAAUCGUGUGACUGGAGACUUGCGGGCAGGAUCUCUGACCUUUACGGGCAGUCGGGAUGCUAAGCGUCCAGCUAGAAUUUCGGGCUCACUAUAUCAAGCUGCGUUCUUGGCGCUACGUAUUGUGUGCAUUUGCUUUGAGAAUCGUCUGUCUACCGAAUGGCCGCGAAUUGUAAGAGUAAUGCGUGAUCUGGGAAGGCGAAAUGAGGCUGCUCCAGAUCUCUGGAGUUUCAUGGAGUUUGUUGUCACGCAUCGCACACCUUUGUACAUUGUACUGUUGCCCUUCAUUUUGCACAAGAUAUCCCAGCCACCAAUUGGUGAUCAUGAGCGGCACAUGCAAUUCAUAAUACGCGAGCGUCUGCGCGGCACACCGCCCCAGGGUGGAAUAAAAUCCAAAGGCGCUUUGCUACUGGAGCUGGCUCGCGAAUUGCGGGAUCUGCGCGACGAACUGGAGGAGAAGCGUUAUGUUUCCACAGAUCGGGAGAGCUCGGAUCAAAAGAAGAGCGAUACUCCAGCCGCCACAAGCGCCACGGAUGCACACAAAUCACAACAGCGACCGUCGCUGAUUUCUAUUUUCACUGGCACAACCACCGGUCAGGCCACACAUUCUCAUGUUUCGGCGGUGCCCAUCGAUUCACGCAGUGGCUCUGGGGGUAUAUGCACACCCAGCGACACAUUGUCUCAGCAAACGCUACAUCCGCCGAGGGAAUCGGUAUCUAGUAGCUCUACAGGACGCGAUCCACACACAACAACCAGCGAAAGUCACAGUGGCGAAGCAGCCAUUGGUUCGGCACCUACGUUAGUGGGCCAAGCGCCGUGCUGUGGGCCAACAACGUCUAGUCAUGGAGCUAGCUCUGGUACCAUAGCUUCAGCAUUGCCUCCAGGCGUUGUGUCGCAACUCUCACAUUCGCAGUCGCUGCAACAGGCGCCAUUCAAGGCACAGCCGCCAAAGUUGCGUUUUGUAUCAUCCGUGGAAUUCCGGCACUCUUCCGGCGAAACUUCAACUACCCCUCUAUCACCUGAAAGUCCAGCAGAAGACAGUUCUGGUGAUCAUACGCGUUCGAGACUACAGCGCUCCAAGGCUGCUAGCCGCAAGACCUUUAGAUUAAAGCGUAGCCGACUAACGCCUAUAGAGCCGCCAAGUAUCGUAACUUCGCUGUCUCAAGAGGAAAACCAGACAAAGGCCAUUGGUGAAAUAUCUUGGGACUCGGUCUCGCAAACUUCCUCUACUUCAGGGUAUCGCGACAACAAUAGUUUGCAAGCAGGUCUUCUUUCGCCGGAUGGCUCAUUAGGUGGACUUACGCUGGGUCGCUCUCCAUCACAGCACUCAUUACUAAUGGUCUUCGAAGGUCAGGAUGAGGACACGCUUAUUUAACAAUCACAGAACGGCAACUGAAGCUACGA